GACUUGAGACUUCAGUUUGCGCUUCACUGUGGAAACUGAAGGGCGCUCACGCUCGGCUCUCCGGACUGACCGUUGCGCCACGGAACUGGCCGCGCGUUUCUAGUUUGCGCUGACAUUGCCGUCACUCGUUAAACUCCCACAACUGUGCCCACCGCCGACAGUGGACGUUCCGCGAACACGGUAAAAGCCCAGAAGUUGUCCGUUCCUUUCCAAGCGCCACUGUUCCAUGCGAGGAUGUGAAUUUCCACAGGAGGAUUUAGAGUCGUGCCAUGGUUUUGACCCGCGCACUCCUCACAGAAAUGGGCCGCUCCGCAUCUACGGGUACAUGAAUCUGAGUUCCACCGGCCAGAUGCCUGAGAUGGAAGAAGUAGAUACCAAUGAGAGCAACGGGUUGGCGAAGAGGAUUGCUCUCAUCAGCUUCCUGUCACUGGUCAUGCUCAUGAGCGUCCUGGGCAACUUGCUGGUUAUGGUGGCCGUCUGCAAGGACCGGCAGCUCAGGAAAAUCAAAACCAACUACUUCAUCGUCUCGCUGGCGUUUGCUGACCUGCUGGUGUCAGUGCUGGUGAUGCCGUUUGGUGCCAUAGAACUGAUCCAUCAGAACUGGAUCUACGGCGAGACCUUCUGCCUGGUCCGCACCUCUCUGGACGUGCUGCUGACCACCGCCUCCAUCUUACACCUGUGCUGCAUAUCCCUUGACAGGUACUAUGCCAUCUGUUGCCAGCCGCUGGUUUACAGGAAUAAGAUGACACCGCUGAGAGUGGCUCUAAUGAUCGGAGGAUGCUGGAUAAUCCCAACCGUUAUUUCCUUCCUACCCAUAAUGCAAGGCUGGAACAGUAUUGGUAUAAAUGAUUUGAUAGAGAAGCGGAAGUUCUCCGGCAACUCCACGGUGUGUGUGUUCAUGGUGAACAAGCCAUAUGCGCUGACCUGCUCGGUUGUGGCCUUCUACGUACCGCUGAUCCUGAUGGUGCUGGCGUACCAGCGCAUCUACGUCACGGCACGGGAACACGCUCGACAGAUCAGCAUGCUGCAGCGAGCCGGAGGAGCGGGAAACGCGGACAGCGCGGACCACCAACGCAACCACCGCAUGCGGACCGAGACCAAGGCAGCCAAGACUCUGUGCAUCAUCAUGGGCUGCUUCUGCCUGUGCUGGGCCCCUUUCUUCAUCACGAACGUGGUGGACCCCUUCAUAGACUACAGUGUUCCUGAGCAGCUGUGGGCGGCCUGCCUCUGGCUGGGCUACAUCAACUCCAUGCUCAACCCCAUCCUCUACGCCUUCCUCAACAAGUCCUUUCGUCGUGCCUUCCUCAUCAUUCUCUGCUGCGGACACAAGCGCUACCGCCGACCUUCCAUCCUGGGCCCUGGAACGACCUGCACGGCCACGCAGAUCAACGGCUCAACACACGUCCUGAACGGCUGCUCCUCUGCCUCCAAACUGCUCCUCUGGUUCUGCAACACUAGGCCCGUUCCUGUCUAGUGCUGCGUGGGGAGUUUUCAAGUAUUCAGUUCUUCACAAUGGAAACCACACUGAACAGGAGAAACUGUCAAUACAGAACGACACAGAGUCCCAGGAGUCAUGUUUCUGACACAGGCCGUUCUCUAAUGAGGAGCUUCACUGGAAGGUGCCAUUUCUUACCGCCCUGCCUGCAGCUCAGACCCGACCAGAGCCUUUCAGGAGUCGAGUACAGGGAGCUGGACUGAACUGUUUGCUCAAAGAGCUGCUGAACAAUGAAGGAAAGAACAAUGUUGCCAAAGGUGUCUGGUCUGUAUUUUAGAAUACGAAUUUCCAUUGCAAAGGAAUGUUGCUAAGGUUUUUCCCAACGCGUUUGGUUCCUUUUUGGUUCUCCUGGGAAUACAACUUCCAAACCAAAAACACAACUUUCAAGCUUUAUCCAGAGAGGCUUUUUUUUCUGCUCUGCAGUCAGGAUAACGCUUCCUGAAGGUACGGCACAAAUGCUGAAUAGCUAAGAUGACACUUUAUUAAAAGAAAGAUUUAUUUUUGUUCCGUAAAUGAAUAAGUAAAUUCACACCACAGUAUUAAGAGGUAGAGCUGGCAGCAUUGCUAAGCGAUUUCUCCAAUUUUUUAGUUUUUAAUCGUUUCAUUAAUUUCUUAAAUCAACAGUUAUAGCAGUGUCACAUGAAUUUAAAUUUAAAGCGUCGAAGACAACAGGCCUUUAAUAAACAUAUAUAUAAUAUUUGUUAUACAUAAAAUAUUUACCCUUUAUGUUUUUUUUCUAAGAAGUAUGAAAGGAUUUGUUUCCAAGACUAUAACAGCAUCUAUGUGCACAUUUUUUAAGUACAACACAAAUAAUGUUGCAGAACAUUUCUAAUACAUCCUAUUUAAAAAAAAAAUAUAUGGAAGCCCAUUUCCGCCACUAAAUAAAACAUUUUUUAAAGAAAGGGUAAUUGUGACUUAUCUCACAAUUAUGACUUUGUUUCUCAGAAUUGUGUGAUAUAAGUCCGCAGUUGUGAUUUAUGUCAGAAUUGCAUGAUAUAAACUCAAUUCUGAGGAAUAAAGUCGCAAUUCUGAGGUGUAAAGUUGUAUUUCUAAGAAAUAAAGUCACAAUUCUGAGAAAUAAAGUUGAAAUUCUGAGAAAUAAAUUCAGAAUUGCAAGAAUAAAGCUCAGAAUUGUGCGAUUUCAAUUUGUAAUUCUAAGAAAUAGUCACAAUUCUAAGAAAUAUUCAGCACUGCCAGAAAAAACUCAGAACUGCAAGAUUUCAACUCGCAAUUCUGUGAAAUAAAGUUGCAAUUCUGUGAAAUAAAGUUGCAGUUCUGAGAAAUAAAGUUGUAUUUUUAAGAAAUAGUCGCAAUUCUAAGAAAUAAAGUUAUUUCUAAGAAAUAAAGUUGCAAUUCUGAGAAAUAAAGUUGAAGUUCUAAAAAAUAAAGUCGCAAUUCUGAGAAAUAAAGUUGCAAUUCUCAGAAAUAAAUUCAGAAUUGCAAGAAUAAACCUCAGAAUUGUGCGAUUUCAAUUUGUAAUUCUAAGAAAUAGUCACAAUUCUAAAAAAUAUUCAGAAUUGCCAGAAAAAACUCAGAACUGCAAGAUUUCAACUCGCAAUUCUGCGAAAUAAAGUUGCAAUUCUGUGAAAUAGUUGUAUUUCU